CAGACCAGUUCUCAGACAGAGUUUGGGUAAAUGUAUUCAGGGAAGUCCUCACAGCCUGAGGUUAAAUCUUGGGUUUCAGUAGGGGCGUCACAGACGCAGUUUGCUUUACGGGACGGAUGUUACAAAACCAAUGCAGGUUCCAUUUGAACACAUCUCACGGGACAAAGAAGGUGUUUUUAUUCUUUAAUCGCGACAACCACAGCUGUGAGGCUUCAGCAUCUGGACCAUGUUCUCCUCUGCUACGCCGUACAAAAACCAGCACUACAAUGAGCUGAAGAACAACUGCAUCAAGGACAAGACGCUGUUUGAGGAUCCAGAAUUUCCAGCCACCAAUUCAUCGCUGUAUUUCAGGAAACCGCCUCCUGGUAUUGUGGUGUGGAAACGUCCAGGGGAAAUAAGCACUGAUGAACCCCAUCUGUUUGUUGAGGGCAUCAGCUCCCACGACCUGAACCAGGGAGUUGUGGGAAACUGCUGGUAUGUGGCUGCCUGUUCCUGCCUGGCUUUGAAGCCAAACCUCUGGAAGAAGGUGAUUCCUGACUGGAAGGGGCAGGAAUGGGAUCCCAAACAUCCAGAAAACUAUGCGGGAAUCUUUCAUUUUCAGUUCUGGGUUUUCGGAGAAUGGCUGGAUGUGGUGGUGGACGACCGGCUGCCUACAAUCAACGGAGAGCUCAUCUACUGUCACUCAAAAACCAACAAUGAAUUCUGGAGCGCUCUGCUAGAAAAGGCCUAUGCCAAACUCUCUGGCUGCUAUGAAUCCCUGGAGGGGGGAAACACGGGCGACGCAGUGGUGGAUUUCAGUGGAGCUGUGGCUGAAGCCAUCAGCCUGGAGGACGGAGCUUACUACAAAGACCAGAACAAACAGGACCAGUUGUUUGAGGAUCUUCUGAAGGUUUAUGAUCGUGGAGGAAUCAUAAGCUGCUCCAUCAAGGCAGAACCUCACGAAAUUGAGCACAAGAUGGCAAACGGGCUGGUGAAAGGUCAUGCGUACUCCGUAACUGCGGUGCAGAAGGUGCGUUUGGGUCACGGGCUUCUGGCCUACUUUAAGAACGAAACUAUCCCUCUGAUCCGCAUGAGGAACCCAUGGGGCAAGACUGAGUGGAAUGGAGCCUGGAGUGACAGCUCUGAGGAAUGGUCAAAGGUUGGUGACACCGAGAGAGGAAACCUUGGUAUCACAGUGGAGGAUGACGGAGAGUUCUGGAUGUUUUUCGCAGACUGGUGCAAGUUCUUCACAGAGGCGGACGUUUGCCGUCUCAUCAACACUUCAGCCAUUAGUAUUCAUAAGACCUGGAAUGAGGUUGUGCACUUUGGGAGCUGGACAAAAAACGCAGAUCCGCUGUUGAACCGCUGCGGUGGCUGCGCCAACCACAAGAGCACCUUUCUGCAAAAUCCCCAGUAUUUGUUUGAUGUCACAAAGGAGGUCGACGAAGUUCUAAUCUCCUUGCAACAGAAGGACAUGAAGAUCCACAGAAAUGUUGGUCAAGGAGAAAAUAUAACCAUCGGGUUGAGUGUCUUCAAGGUGGAGCUGAACAGGAAAUACCGGAUGCACGACAUCCUGACACAGCAGUGUGUGUCCACGUCCACCUACAUCAACGCUCGGACAGUGUUCAUGAGGUGCACGCUGCAGCAAGGCCGCUACGUCAUCAUCCCCACCACCUUCAAACCUCUGACGCUGGGGGAUUACAUGAUCCGAGUUUUUACUGAUGUGGACUCAGGCUGCAGGGACCUGACGGAGGACAAGCCAAAGGUCAAAUGCUGGAGUUCAUUCCUCGGAUACCCGCAAGCUGUGACUCAUGUCUACGUCCAUGGAGCUGAAGGACUGCAGAAUCAGGACAGCGCAGGAGGUGCCGACCCUUAUGUGAUCAUAACCUGUGAGGGUCGGACAGUGAAGUCCAGCAUCAAGAGGGACACCUUAGAGCCAGAGUUCACAACCAGCGGCAUUUUCUACAGGAAGAAACCUAGAAAGCCCAUAACUGUGGAGGUGUGGAACAGUAACGCUGUGAAGGACGAGUUCAUGGGUCAGGUGAUGCUGUCCGGCUCGGUGAAGGACCCCGCCGUGCCUCAGAGGCUCCAGCUGAGGAAGCGAGGCCGGCAGAUGGCCGACGAGAUGCCCGGCGCCAUCAGCCUCAGGAUCGUCACGUCGACUCAGCUGACCGCCAUGUGACCCCCGUCUGUGCCUUCAAAGCACUAAACCUAUUUUCCAUCAUUACACUGUAUGUAAGGCAUGAGUGGACAGACUGAAUGUCGCUUCCUGUUUCUUUUUUUAAGUGCAACUUAAAUACAACUUUUAUCUUGAUAUUUGCAAAUCAUUCCUGUUUAGUUGCAGCAUAUAAUAUAAUAUAGUCUUACUGUAUCAUUUGUAUAUUUAUAUAAAUUGUUUACCAUUGGUAUUAUUAAGAGAAAAUUACUAUGCAGUAUGUACAACUUUUUUAAAUUCAUCUUCUCUUCCUGUUCACACAUCAAUGUUCCUUUCUCAUGAAUAAUGAAUAAUAUUGACAA